UAUACAUCUAACCAAAAUCCCAACUUGUUUGAAAAUUUAUUUUGAAGAUAGCGCUAACGAAAUGUCUCUCAUCUUCUUCGUUCUCAUCUCUAGUCUUCCCUUAGUUAUCUUCCUAAUUCUUUUCAAAACAAUUUUUUCUACUUCAAAACCACACAAAAACCUACCACCAUCACCACGAAGGUUACCAUUGAUAGGAAACCUUCACCAACUUGGUUCCAACCCACACCGCACCCUCCAAGCCAUGGCUCAAACCUACGGUCCAUUGAUGUUGAUUCGCCUUGGCACCGUGCCAGUGCUUGUAGCAUCCUCUGUUGAUGCAGCUCGAGAGAUUAUGAAAACCCAUGAUUUGAUCUUUUCAAACAGGCCGAAAUUAAACAUUCCCGGUAGACUUUGUUAUGGUUCAAAGGACAUAGCUUUUUCACAGUACGGAGAGUAUUGGAGGCAGGUGAAGAGUAUUGCAGUGCUCCAUCUUCUAUCAAACAAAAGGGUUCAGUCGUAUAGGCAAGUCAGAGAAGACGAGGUGUCUCUUAUGAUUGAAAGUAUUCGUGAAGCCCAUGAAUCGGUGGUCAAUUUGAGCGAGUUGCUUAUUUCACUUACAAAUAAUGUUGUUUGUAGGGUGGCUUUGGGGAGGACAUACGAUGGGAAGAAAUUUAAGGGUUUGUUAGACAGGUUUUUGGAGUUGUUGGGAAGCUUUACUGUUGGGAGUUAUAUUCCAUGGCUAACGUGGGUAGAUCGAUUGAGUGGACUAGAGCGAAGAGCUGAUGAGGUUGCUAAAGAAUUCGAUGAGUUUCUUGAGGGUGUUAUUGAAGAACGUUUAAAUAAAAAAGGAGUUGGUGUUGUCACCCAAUAUCUCGUUGAUAUCUUAUUAGAAAUUCAAAAAGAUAACACGACGGGGUUUCAUCUUGAACGAGAUGCGAUUAAAGCUAUCAUCAUGGAUGUAUUUUCUGCUGGAACUGAUACUACGUUUACAAACUUAGAGUGGGCAAUCUGCGAGCUAUUAAGACACCCACAAACAAUGAAAAGACUGCAACAGGAGGCACGCGAAGUGGGCCAAGGAAGAUCAAUGAUCACUGAAGACAGCUUAGACAACAUGCCGUACCUAAAAGCCGUUCUCAAAGAAACCCUGCGGCUACACGCUCCAGUCCCGCUACUCAUUCUUCGUGAAUCAACACAAGAUGUGAAACUACUUGGCUACGACAUCACAGCAGGAACACAAGUGAUCAUAAAUGCAUGGGCGAUAUCAAGAGAUGGUUCCACCUGGGAAGAACCUGAUAAGUUUAUGCCAGAGAGGUUUUUGGACAAUCCUAUUGAUUAUAAGGGACUUCAUUUCGAGUUGAUACCAUUUGGCGCUGGGCGACGAGGGUGUCCUGGCAUUCAGUUUGCCAUGGUUGUUAACGAACUUGUUUUGGCUAAUUUGGUGUAUAAGUUUGAUUUUACAUUAACUGCUGGAGAGGAUUUGGACAUAAGUGAGAGCAUUGGUCUUACUGUUCAUAAGAAGUGUCCUAUUCUUGUUGUAGCAACUCCUCGGUGUUAGUAGUUGAUGGCUGUAUUGAUUUGCUUAAGUGUACUUUCAGAGGGUAUGAAACUAUAUACGAAUUAACGGUCUUUAGUAUGCGAAACCUAUAUAUGAUCAUAUGAAAAAAUGCUCAAUUUUGUAUUUAUUAUAUACAAGUGAAACAAUAUAUACAUUACAUCUUGUUUCUA